AUGGCAGCGGCGGGCGGCGGCGGCGGCCUGCGGGGCCGGAGCCUCCCCGAGCUGCGGGAGAUGCUGAGGCGGCAGGAGCGGCUGCUGGCGGACAGGAAAUUUAUUGCUAGGCUUCCAGAUAAGGGUAAGAAGAUCUCCGAUUUUGCUGAAAAGCUUACACUUGCCAUUUUACAAGAGGAAGAAUUAGCAAGAACGGCUGAGCUGUUAUCUGCUGUCAGGUUGGAAUUUCAGGUGAAACAGGAGGAGAUUAAUACAAGCAAAGAGCAAGUUAUCCUAAACAAGGACACACUAAACUGUGAAGAUUCCUCAGUAUGUAAUGAAAACUCUAAUAUUAAAGAAGUUUCUGAGAUUUCUUCCCAAAGACAGGAGAUAGAAUGUAUUGAGCAAGGUGCCACAAAUACAGGUCUGAAAAAUCAAAGGACUCAGAGGAAAAAUGAUAAAAUAAAGACUGUUACAAAAGAUCAGAAUUUUUUUUGUGAAGUCGUUUCCAAGUCAGCCACAAGCAGUCAUCUGAAAAAUGAUCAGCAGCUGUCUCAGAGCAAUACUGAGGAUGGUACAGAAAUUACAGCUGCUUUGGACAACAGUAAAGACGCAUUGGUUGAUGCUUUUCAAAAAGUUACAAUUGUAGAUGGAGAUAAUAAUGAAAAAGUAUUGGAAAAAGAGCAGAAUGUGGCUAAACUUAAGGGCAAUAUCUUUGGAAGCCAGCAGCCCAAGACACCACAUUAUAUUGAAGUUCUAGAGUCUAGAGCCAAGAACCCAGUCAUAAAAAAAAGCAAAUUUAAAACCAACAUAUUAUUAGGAGAGCAAAGUGGAUCAUCGCAUGGUUCCUCAUCCAGUCAAUCCCCUGGGGGAUGUGGCUCUCCGAUUACUACUGAAGAAAGACGACUUAGAGAUAAGAAACAUUUGAAUGACAUCACAGCAGCUCGGCUGCCACCGCUUCACCAUUCCCCUGCUAAGCUAUUAUCCAUAGAGGAAUCCAUAGCAAUUCAGAUACAGCAAAAAGAAGCUUAUGAGGAAAUGCAAGCCAAGCUUGCAGCACAGAAGCUUGCAGAGAGAUUGAAUAUAAAAAUGCUCAGGUUUGAACCAGAGGGGGAGGCCUUAAUGCAAUACAGAGAAGUGAGAGAUGAAGAUUAUUUUUCAGCAGAGGACUGAAUUCAAGAAGGGAUGUCUGAGGAUGAGCCACAUAACUGAUCUUUAUGCAGUACUUCUUAAAACCCAAACCUAGAUAUUGAGAAUGCUUGAUCCUAGUCAGUUUUUUCUUAAAAUUUUAACAUUAUAUGGGAAGGAUUCAAUAUAAACCUCAUAAAUAUAAAUGUUAUUAAGGGGUAACCUCAGUGUUAUUUGGGGACUGUUUUGAGCACUUGGGGCAGUUAAUCCUAAUGGAAUGCCCUAUUGUUUUCAGCUACAGCAAAGUGAGCUCUUUAAUACACUUGCAGGCUACGAUGAGUCAUCUACCAGAGAAGGCUUUUUCUGCACAGAAAUGUGAUUGCAAAGGGCAUCAGCACACGUCCAUAAAGUAAGCUAAGGUGCCUAUGAACUGCUUGCAUGUAUGAAAGCUAUUGUCUUGUAUAAAUGUGAGAUACUACUUUUAUCUAUUUAAGAUUAUCUUGCUUUUACCCUGUGGUGAAAACAGAUGCCUGGACACCUACAAUAAAUACAUGAUAGUUAGGCUGUAAGUUAGCUUCUUAUCACAUGAGAACUUGUUUCUGUGCCUGCACCUUAAAAUAACACUUUCUGCCCUUAUGUUGUAAAUAGGUUUAGAAUCUCAAGUUAUUUUGUAACUCGCAUUCUGUUUGGGUUUUAAGGGACUCUGCUGUUUCAUUUUUGGUAAUUACUGCAAAGCCCAUCAAGAGCUCAAGUUAAUCUGAAGACUUGAAUAUUUUUAUUAAAGGUCUUGGUGUUUUUCCGUAUUUUUGUACACUGCUUUCAUACUUUGAGAUACUAUUUUUUCAUAGUCUGAUACUGUAAAUUAAGAGAUCCACCCUCUGGUUUUCUUGGGAGAAAAUGCUCUGUGUAUUUUGCACCUUUAGCUGUUUUUUGAAGAUAAAAAAAAAUUCUUCCUUACAAUAACAUUUUCUGCCUUUUAAUAUGAAUUUUGAAAGAUAAGGAACACACUGGAGAAGUAUUUCACAAUUAUACUCCACUGUUGACUAGAAUAUUCCAGCCCUAACAUGAGUUCAGUUCUAAAAAACAAACCUCAGAGAUUCCUUGUAUAUAUAGCCUGGCAACACCUGUUUUCUGAGACAUUGCAGCAGCAGUGUGUGCAGGGCAGCUGUGUGUGCAAGGCUGUCCUGGAUGCGUACAUAUUCCUGCAGAAUGGUGUCUCUGGAAACCAAGGGUGCUCUUUUGUCUUUUUUUUCUUUGUGUGCUCCUGCUUCAUCCUCCCAGCUUCUCACCAUCACUUGUCUUUGUCAGCACUAUUUUUUGGCACCAUUUCAGUCAUCCACAUUCAUCCCUUAGCAUCCA